CUUGCGCUUCUUGCCGUCCUUCUUCUGCGCCUUGGUCACCGCCUUCUUGGAGCCCUUCUUCGGGGCCGGCGCGGACUUGGCGGGCUCGGGCAUAUUUAAACCGCAAUGUCCGAAGCGAAGUGAAAGUAGGAAGCGAAUCUCUGCUACUUAUAGGGCUUUUAUGCUAAUGAAGGAUGCAGAAGAGUCUUAGUUCAUUGGAAGACAAGCAGCGAGGCUGUCAUCCAUGGGCUGAACUAUGCAAAUAAGGUAUGGAAAUAGAGCUUUUCUAUUGGUUACUUGACUGAGUCUAGUUAUUAGCCAAUCAGACACCCGGACUUACUCCCCAGGAAAUGCCUAUAAAAGCAGCCAUAUUUCUACCUACUUCACUGCUAGGUUUGUUUUGGCAAGUAAAUAGCUUUCUUGUGUUGGCGUCUCUUCUAGUCUACGAUGUCUGGACGUGGCAAGCAGGGUGGCAAGGCUCGGGCCAAAGCGAAGUCUCGUUCCUCUCGUGCUGGGCUGCAAUUUCCCGUUGGCCGCGUCCACCGCCUGCUCCGCAAGGGCAACUACGCGGAGCGGGUCGGGGCGGGCGCGCCGGUGUACCUGGCGGCCGUGCUGGAGUACCUGACGGCCGAGAUCCUGGAGCUGGCGGGCAACGCGGCCCGCGACAACAAGAAGACGCGCAUCAUCCCGCGCCACCUGCAGCUGGCCAUCCGCAACGACGAGGAGCUCAACAAGCUGCUGGGCCGCGUGACCAUCGCGCAGGGCGGCGUCCUGCCCAACAUCCAGGCCGUGCUGCUGCCCAAGAAGACUGAGAGCCACCAUAAGGCCAAGGGCAAGUGAUUUGGUAAACCUCGGAGUUUUCGGAAACGCUUUCAAACCCAAAGGCUCUUUUCAGAGCCCCCCACCAAUUCAAAGGAAGAGCUAAUGCCGCACUUUAAGGGAAGGAAAUGGGAAAAGGUUUCAAGAGCUUCUCACUACAGAGAUCUCUGGGUCAAGCGAGUCUGUGAAACUCAUCGGUUCUCAGCAAUAAAUGAAUGGAUGGUGCCAGUGUUCUGACAUCACUGAUUGCUUCUGCACCUGCAAAUUUUUUCCUAUUGAAAACUUUUCUGGGUUUAUGUCUCUGUGUGUACACAUACAUAUGCCUUGGGGAUAAAGAGAGGACGGGGAGAGAAACAUGAUUAAAGGGAAGCUCUCUUUAGUACAAAA